AUGAAUGUAGAGUUGCUGGUCUCGUUGGUGUCGGAACAAAAAGAACUAUAUGACAAAUGCGACAGCGAUUACAAAAAUCUUGAUAAAAGAGAACUGUUAUGGAGUGGUAUUGCACAGCAAAUGGGCCUUGAUGUGGAGGAGGUAAAACACAAAUGGAAAAGCCUGCGAGAUACAUAUACACGAAAAAAGUGCGAAGAUGAUUGCCGAAGUGGACAGGCUGCUAAAAACAAGAAGCCGUGGAAAUUUAUGAAGGUCAUGGAGUUCCUCGCAACAUCAACUGAAUUUCGAAGGUAUUAUCAUUAUGUUCAAAGCAAUAUUUCUCCUGAAAAUAUGGAUGAAGGGGUUGAGCAAGUGGUGGUUCAAAAAGAAGUCAGCGACAGAGAAGAAGCAUCAGCAAGCACGUCUCCAGGAUCAACGUUCUCCAGCCCAACUGUGACAAGGUCUACUUUAAACAAAAGAAAACGUCCAGAGACACCAGACUUGUUGGACCGGUACCUUUUAUCCAAAGAAGCCAGGGAAAGUGAGAAAGAGAAACGCAGAAGAGAACCAUUUUGGCUCAGGAGCACCUGGAAGUUCACUUGGUGGGGGAACAUUCAGAGUUGCCUUUCCCAGUACAGAAUUGGCAAAGAUUCCUCCAUCACUGUUGCUGCCAUAGCUCCCCACAUCAACCACCAGGUAGUGGUAAUCUGCAUCAACUAA